AUGUCGUUCUCAACAAAAAAUGGGCAAACGUACACCGCUAGAAUCAUUGGAUACACGAUUUCCCGCAACAUCCUGGCCAAGAUCGUCGACUCGUACUUUGAUCUGUGUGUGACAAAGUCUCGCAUCGACACUGCUGUGGCCAUGUUGCUCAAACCUGUCAAGUCUGUCACCGACCCAUACAUUUUACGGCCCACCGGGUUGGCCAGGGGUCUCCACCCCCUCUCGGCGGUGUCCUGCUCCAUGACGCCAUGCGGUGUGGCUUCAUGCGUGCGUGGGGAUGCUCAUGGGAGCGGCCAUUAUCCCACCCGGAUGCACCUUUCCCUCCAACCUGGGACUCCGUCCUACCCCCGUGGGUUCGAGAAGGUGGGUAUUUGCCCGUUGUCUCGUGACAUCAUGAUGGCCAAGAUUGUGGGGGACAAGCCUGGUUUGAAGGCGACAACGGUCAUUCAAGCAACGGUGCGUGUCGAAACCCGGGUUGUUGUGCACUUACGCGAGUUGGAGAUUGACAUCGACUCUGCCCGUGUUUUGUGCAUCAACGACGCUGUGGUUCAAGCGUUUACCAACAGAGCCAGCGAGCCCAAAGGUGAAGAUGACUGGAUUCAUGGUGGCUUGCUCAUGACUGCUGACGACAUUGCGAGCAAGGUGGUUGACAAGGAAGCCAAGAAGAAGGAAAAGGAAGAAAUCCUCGUGCAGAAGAAGAAAGCCACUGCACAGAAGAGAGUCAUUGCAGGGAGAACGAAGAAGGCGUAG